AUGAUCCUGUGUCUUUGUAAUAAGAAGCAGAACUUUUUCCGCCGCCACGAAAAAACUGGUGUCUUUCAUAACCAUCGGUUGUACUCCUCGGAAGCUCAAAACACGAAGUGUUGUCUGGUCGGACACACAAAAUGCACUCGGAGUGAUAGAAAACAACACGGAGGGACAGGGAAGGGAGGCGCGAAACAAGCGAAGCGACGACCAUCAAUCAGCCGCCGACGGGCCGCCGACAGUCAAGCCAACCAGUCAAGCCGCCCCGAAUUCCGCCGCUCUGUUUUGUCGGCCCGGAUUAUGAGAUCCGGCAGAGCUGCUCUCAUCCAUCACCCGCAUGACGACGACGACGGCCCGCGGGCAAUUCCAAUUCGUAUUCAUGGGCAGCCAUUUGUAUGGUCCAGGCUUGGUCCGGGCCGGCCCGGGCUUGUGUCUAAAUCUUGCCCGAGCUAG